AUGAAGGUACUGUUGACCGGAGGAAGUGGCUUCAUAGCAACACAUUGUCUAGAAGCUCUGCUCAAGCACGGCCAUGAUGUAGUAGCAACCGUUCGAUCUCCAGCGAAAGGUCAAGCACUUGUGGAUAUUUUCAAGGGUCAGAAUGUCUCGUACACUAUUGUUAAGGAUAUUGCGGAGCCACAUGCUUUCGACGAAGCUGUCAAAUCGGACCCCCCAUUUGAUGCCGUAGUCCAUACGGCGAGUCCUUUUCACUAUGAGGUGAAAGAUAACAAGAAAGACAUGCUCGACCCAGCUAUUUCCGGAACAACAGGAAUUCUCGAAUCCAUCCAUAAGUCAGCAAAGACAGUCAAAAGGGUUGUUAUCACAUCCUCAUUUGCUGCGAUCUCAAAUCCCAGUUCUCCGCCCAAAGUUUAUGACGAAACGAUCUGGAAUCAGAUGACAAUGGACGAGGCCCUGACUACCAAAGAUCCGCAGGCCGCUUACAGAGCGAGCAAGACGUUUGCAGAACAAGCUGCAUGGGACUUUGUGAAACGGGAAUCUCCAAACUUUGCUCUCACAGUGCUCAAUCCGCCGAUGGUUUACGGCCCAGUCCGGCAUGCGGUGUCAUCUUUAGAAGACCUUAACACGUCCAGCAAGCGUAUUUUGAACAUCAUACUUGGUAGACCACGUGGCACGGUGGGAUCGCCAAUACACGUUGAUGUUCGAGACCUUGCGGAGGCACAUGUGCUUGCCAUCACUGUCCCAGAAGCUGCUGGUCAGAGAUUCUUCAUGACUGCAGGUUUCGCCACAGAGGGCGCAAUGGGGGAUAUCAUUAGAGAGAGGUUCCCAGAUUAUGCCAAGAAUUUGGAUCCCGGUCUCAGCUAUGCUGUACCACCAUACGGGAUUGACAACAAGAAAUCUAUCCGGUUAUUAAGGCUGAAGUAUAGGCCUGUGGAGGAUACAAUCAUUGACACAGUAAAAUCCUUGCAAGCAUUGGGUGCUUAA